AGCUGCGUUGGCGAUGCAAACAAGCAGAAUGGUUCCUCGUGUGCUUUUAACGAACAUCCAGAAACAUCUCAGAUUGCGUUUCCCGUAUAAUGCCUAUUCAUGCUGAUAAUAGCAUCCCCAUCUGUGCGCUCCAUAUCCCCAACCGCAUUACGUAUCACUCGAGUAUGGUCAAGUCGAAGUCUGCGGAUAUGUCUUGUGGUUAUGUUGUGCUGCACAAUUUCAUCAUGGCCUGCUAGUAUAUAUUCAACCGUGCUUCUUGGACCGCGUUUAGUUUGUCAGAGUUUAGUGCAGAAAUUAAACGGAACCCAACAACAACAAAAAGCAUAAAUAUGGUCGUAACCGCCACCCUUGUGACCCUCAAUAAUGGGCAAAAAAUGCCAGUGCUUGGACUGGGCACCUACAAUCUGCUAGGACAGAACUGUAUCGAUGCGGUAAAGACAGCAAUUGACGCGGGUUAUCGGCACAUCGAUACCGCAUCCCUGUACCAGAACGAGUCCGAAGUUGGCCAAGCAGUGCGGGAAAAGAUUGAGGAUGGUACGAUUAAGCGCGAGGACAUUUUCAUUACUACGAAGCUCUGGAAUACAUCACACGAAGCGUCCCAGGUUCGGGAAGCGUUCGAUACAUCGCUGGCCAAACUAGGUCUAGAGUAUGUGGACCUGUAUCUUAUGCAUUCACCAGUUGGUGCUACGGUAGAUGCGAAUGGAGCAACCGUUCUGACCGAAGUCGACUAUGUCGUCACCUGGAACGCCAUGGAAAAGCUGCUCGAUACUGGCCGCGUACGCAGUCUGGGAGUAUCCAACUUCAACAGCGAACAGCUGCGCCGAGUCAUCGAGAAUGGUACGAUCAAACCGGUGACCAAUCAGGUCGAAUGUCAUGUACGGUUGAAUCAGAAAAAGUUGAUUAAAUACUGCAACGAGCGUGAAGUCGUGGUAACCGCGUACAGUCCACUCGUUCGACCGGGUACUACCUUCGGAGCGGAAGAACCUACAGCUCCCAAACAUGCGUUCGAAGAUGAGCGGGUGUUAGCGAUUGGCGAACGGUACGGUAAAACACCGGCACAGGUGCUUUUGCGCUAUCUGAUCGAAAUCGGUACCGUGCCCAUCCCGAAAUCGGGCAACCCGGAACGCAUUCGUCAGAAUUUGGACAUUUUCGACUUUCGGCUUACACCGGAAGAGGUACGGUCGCUGGAUUCGCUCAACACUGGCCAGAGGUUGGUAAAGUUUGAAAUCGCCGAAGCACAUCCAUUCUAUCCGUUCGAUGCAGAAUUUUAGUCGGUGUCCCAAUGAAAGAAACCACACGUUGUUGCGAUAAUCGGACAGGGAGGAAGUGAAUCUUUAUCAGCAGCACUAUAAAAGCGAUACUACCGAAGCAAACAUUUGCAACACUCGAAGAAUAAAGUUAUCGCUGGCUUACAU